AUGCUUUUCGCGGCUGAAACAAUAUUCAUGGAUGGCACGUUUUCAACAUGUCCAAGCAUGUUUGAUCAAGUUUAUACAAUUCAUGCGAUAAAAUAUGAUCAGUCCUUUCCUUGUGUUUUUGGCUUAUUACCAAAUCGACAGAAAAGUACAUGUCACUUUAUGUUUCGUGAGUUGAAAGCACUAGCUGUACAAAUGGAAAUGAACUUUUCACCAAAAUUAAUCAUGAGUGAUUUUGAACCAGGUCUAUUAGCUGUAGUUGCACUCAAAUUUAUUACAGCAACACAUUUAUCUUCAUAUAAUAAUGAUGAUGAUAUUAAAAAAUAUUAUCGAAAAUUAAUGGCGCUUCCUUUAAUACCAGAAGCGAUUAUCGAAGAUACUUAUGAUGAAUUAAUCGCUACAAUGCCAUCAACAUUAAAGGACACAUUAAAGGAUUUAUUACAAUAUUUUCAGGAACAAUGGCUUAACAAAGUUCCUAUUUCUCAAUGGUGUGUACAUGGUCUCAACAUCAGAACCAACAAUAAUGCUGAAGAUGAUCUUUUUCUUGUAUUUAACUCAGAAAUUUAUCUUCUUAUGCUUCAUUUAGCAUUUCAUAGUCGCUUCAAUCGUCGAGUACAAAUUAACCAUCCAAAUAUGUGGUCAUUUAUUAAGCUUCUUCAAGGAGAAGAAAACCGUUUUCAUCAUAUGUAUGUUCAAUUCAUGGCAGUCUUAGGGACACGAUCGAAACAAGCUAAAACAGUUGCUAUUCAACGUCGUAUGGAUAAACUUGGAGAAAGAUAUUAUGAUGGAGCAAUAAAUGCUAUGGAAUAUUUAGAUGGUUUAUCAUUUGUAGUUGCUAAACGGAAAAAAUAA